CGCGAGAAACAAACUUGUUCAAUUUUGCAGUGCAGAGAAUUUGUAGGUUGCUUCCUUUUUUAUUUGGCAGACGUCAGAAAUUUGUUGAAACUUUACAACAGUGAAGAGCGGUUCAUAUUUUGUGCAAUACGAAAAAAAUCCUGAAAUUAUCAACUCCAGAAACAAAGAUGUCAAGUAGCAGUAAGAAGAGAAGUGAACGCAAAAAGAGAAGAUCAAGUUUUGUAAGAGGGCGCUCCAGAAAGUCCUUACCUCCAACUGACAUAUCAUGCGCAGAAUUGCACAAGAGAAUCCCAACCGACAUUCCGGAGGCCAAGAGGUUAUAUCAGCUGCAGGAAGCGUGCUUUGAGUUUACCGUACAGAAAGUUAGAAUGGAGUGCCCAGCCAUGGAAGGAUGGGAAGAGUUCGAAACGGAAGCUUCUGAAGCUUUCAAGAACACUUUAGAUGCACUGGAGCAGGAAGGAAUAUUAGACAAAGCAUGCAGUAGGAAGAACAGCUAUCUACCCAACCCUGAAAACGAGGCAUUGGAAAAGACAAUCGCAGAGAUCCGUCAACAAACGGAGAGAUUAACACAGGAGAGCGAGAAGUGGGAGGAGCUACUACGAGAGAACACAGAGGAGGCUGAAGCUGCAGAGAGACUGUUGGCCAACCCAGAGCCAGAGAAACCUCUCCUGAAGGCCCCUGAUGGUCUCACAAAGGACCAGAAGAAAAUGCUCUCCCAACUACCGGACCUUGGUAAGAUCACAACCUGGGCGCGCCAAGCAUCCAGCAAACUCCAACUGGGGGUAGACCGUAUACAUACAAGUAGUCAUCAAAUGAUGAGUUUUGCUGAGAGCAGUGACGAGUACUUGAGGAAACAGGUAGAGUUACUCGCCAAGAAAUCCAUCCAAGAUACCCUAGAGGACCCCAUGGAGCUGUUGAGACGAGCAGGAGGAGAUGCAAGUUCCUCUCACUCUCAGUAAAGAAUCACCAUCUUCCAUCCAUGGAAAUCUUAAACAAGGUAAAAGGUCAAAGGCUGCUGUGGUCUUGGUUAUAAUACAGUGUGGAACAUUGGAUAUACUGCUUUUCUACAAUGUCAGGUGAAUUUGGUCAUAGACAUGAUAGAGCCUGAGUCCGGGCGGUGUUUUCUUGGCCCAGUGCGCUGUUCGCACGCCGGAACAAUGAGAACACGACUUAAGGACAAUAUAUGUGGAACAAGAUCACACAUCACCUCUCAGCACGGUCAGUCCAACCUCGUCCCCAAUUUGUGUUUAGCAGUACGAUGUGGACCGCUCUCUCAUUGUAAAUAUGGUUGGAAACAAAGUUAACCAUGGGGACGAGGUUGGAAUCAGUCGAGAACAAAACUGUACAAAUUGGCGCUACAUCAUCAUCGUUUGGGUGGAAGACACAUGAACAGCAAUCCUGUGUGUUCUUGAGCGUCAAAGAACACACCGCCCGAACUUGAUAAAUGAGUUUGAUCUUUACGUCCAAUCACAUGUUACAGAUUGGGUCUGCAUAAACCAAACAGGAAGACCUCGGUGUUAUCCAAACCUUGCCAUUGGUAAACAUUUAGCGCACAGAAUUGAGCUGGUCAAAUUUGAUCUAUUUUUGGAGAGCGGUUUCAAUACGAAAAUACCAGCAGGUAAACUUCAGAUGAGAGAUUAUUUCCGACACUUGGUGGCAGCAGACUAUCUUGGUAAACCCAUUGUUCUCAGUUAUGUAUGUAUCCUUAAAAAUGGAAAUUUACGGGGAAUCUUAUGUAUACUGUAUACUGCUGCAGUUUCCCUUGUGGGACAUAAAAUUACU